AUGAUUAAAGGUGUUACUUACCUUAUAACUGUGGCCCUUUUGGUUUUGGCAUCCUCUCUUGUUUCUGCCUAUGACCCUAGUCCUCUGCAAGACUUUUGUGUCGCAAUCAACAACACCAAUUCUGCUGUAUUUGUGAAUGGAAAAUUUUGUAAGGAUCCAGCAGCAGUCACAGCCGAUGAUUUUUUCUUCUCCGGACUCAAUAUUCCUGCAAACACUGCAAAUAAAGUCGGAUUCAAUGUCACUCUUGUGAACGUCGAUAUGCUACCAGGUUUGAACACUCUAGGCAUAUCUUUGGCCCGUCUUGACUUUGCACCAUAUGGCUUGGAUCCUCCACACACUCACCCUCGUGCCUCUGAGAUUCUAGUAGUUGCAGAGGGUACUCUCUUAGUUGGAUUUGUCACAUCCAACCCAAACAAACUCUUCACCAAAGUUUUAAACAAGGGAGACGUCUUUACAUUCCCAAUUGGUCUCAUUCACUUCCAAUUCAACAUAGGGCAGACCAAUGUUGUUGCUUAUGCUGGUCUCAAUAGCCAAAAUCCCGGGGUGAUCACCAUUGCAAACACAGUCUUUGGAUCUAAUCCUCCCAUCAAUUCAGAUGUUCUCAUCAAAGCCUUCCAAGUUGACAAGAAUGUAGUUGAUUAUCUUCAGAAACAAUUCUAG